AUGGCUACCAUCGUCUUGGGAAGCCAAUUCGGCGACGAAGGCAAAGGCAAACUUGUCGACAUACUCUGCCGUGAAGCACACGUUUGCGCUCGUUGCGCAGGCGGCAACAACGCUGGUCACACAAUCGUUGCCAAUGGCGUUACCUAUGACUUUCAUAUUCUGCCUUCUGGUCUAGUGAACCCAUUAUGCAAGAAUCUGAUCGGCACAGGAUGCGUCGUACACAUUCCCUCUUUCUUCAAGGAGCUCGAGACACUGAAGGCCAAGGGCUUGAACACCCAAGACCGUAUAUACAUUUCAGAUAGAGCUCAUAUCACUUUUGAUCUACACACCGUAGUUGAUGGCUUGGAGGAGCAAGAAUUGGGAACCGCCGCAGUUGGCACCACCAAAAAGGGGAUUGGGCCCACGUACAGCUGCAAAGCUGCUCGUUCGAAUGCGAGAGUGACAGACAUAUUCCAUAAAGACUUGUUGGACAAAAAAUUGAGACACUUGGCCGAAAGCGCGCAGAAACGGUACGGCGAUCUUUUCACGGCCCAGAACUACGAUCUUGAGGGAGAAAUUGCUCGAUUCGAUGAAUACAGGGUUCAAUUGCAAGAUUUUGUUAUCGAUGCGGCUCCGUUCAUAUCCGAGAUGUCCUCAGAGACCAAUCUUCUGGUUGAAGGCGCAAAUGCAUUGAUGCUUGACAUUGAUUGGGGAACUUAUCCCAUGGUAACCUCGUCUAGCACUGGUAUCGCUGGUGCAAUGGCAGGUUUGGCCCUCUCGCCUGAUCAAAUGCGGCAAAGACUAGGCGUGAUGAAGAGUUAUACCACACGUGUAGGAAAUGGUCCACUCCCUACAGAACAGCUUAAUGAAGAUGGCGUGCGUCUGCAGAAGCUAGGCCGCGAAUUUGGUGUUACGACUGGUAGACCUCGCAGAUGCGGGUGGUUAGAUCUGGUUAUCGUCAAAUAUUCUAAAUCUAUCAACCACUAUACAGCCCUAAAUCUGACAAAGCUAGACGUUCUCGAUACGUUUCCCGAGAUCAAAGUCGCUACGAAGUACAAGGUCGACAGUCAAGAAUUCGAAUCCUUUCCAGCUGAUUUGGAAUUACUCGAGCGAGCAGAGGUCGUGUAUGAGACAUUACCAGGAUGGAUGUCAAGCACAACUGGAAUUACUACCUGGGAGCAAUUACCAGAGAACGCCAAAAAAUACAUCACAUUCAUAGAGGAUUAUCUGGGUGGGCUGAAGUGCAAGUACAUCGGAACAGGUCCUGACCGGGAGCAUAUGAUAUUUCGAUAG